CGUUUACGGUUUUUAGCACUAACGCUUUUACUAUUCUCCCCCCGAACCGUGGUUGGGAGCACGGCAGGGCCGCGGUAACCGGGUCACCCCUAGGCGCCUUCGGGGGGCGGAAAAUAUGGCGGCCGCUGCUGUGGUACCUUAGUACCGCCCAGGGGCGGAGCUCGUAGCAUUUCGCGCCAAGCUGGGACAUCGGCUCCCGCCCAGCUGUUCAGCAGCGCUCCGCUCUGCUGCGCGCCGCCCGGCCAUGGCAGCACACACCGUGCCCGGGUACUCGCCCGGCUUCAAGAAGCCACCGGCCGUGCUGCGGCUGAAGCGCAAACGGCUGAGGAGGAGCGAGUCCCCGGCCGCCGCCGCUCCCCCGCCUUGCGGCGCGGCCCCGCGGGGCCCUUCCGCACUCGCCCGCCGCAACCCGUUCUCCAGCCUGGACAACGCGCCCCGGGCGGCCGGCACCCCGCAACCGCUGGAGCGGGCCUGGAGGCCACCGGCAGACGGGUACCCCUCGGCAGUGCCGUUCUGGCAGCUUUUAGAGCCUGUUUCUGAAGAUAAGCCCACCAGGAGAGCGGAGCCCUAUGAAAGAACUGACAUCCUCACCCUAACCGAUGACCUGCAUUCAUCUGCUACUGUACCUGAAGUCCCCUCCUCACCAAAGCAUGAAUUUCCUGCAGACUGGAGUAUUAAAACACGACUUUUGUUUAUGUCUUCACAACCUUUUACCUGGACAGAACACUUAAAAGCACAAGAGGAAGCUCAAGGAUUUGCUCAGCAUUGCAGAGCUGUAGAAACAAACUUGCCACAGAGCUUACAGGAACCAAAGCUGUCGACAGAACUGCGUUGUGCCUUUCAGCAAAGCCUCGUUUACUGGCUUCACCCUUCACUGCCGUGGCUGCAGCUGUUCCCUCGCAUUGGAGCAGAUAGGAAAAUAGUCGGAAAGGCUAGUCCUUGGUCACAGGAUGAAGACUUGCAACAAGUGCUAAUGAGUGACUGGUCUGUCAGCUUUACCUCUCUGUACAAUCUGCUCAAAGCCAAACUGUGUCCCUACUUCUACGUAUGUACCUACCAGUUUACUGUCCUGUUCCGUGCAGCCGGUCUUGCAGGAAGUGAUGUCAUCACAGCUGUAAUUUCUCCCACAACUAGAGGUUUGAGGGAAGCCAUGAGAAAUGAAGGCAUAGAGUUUUCUUUACCUUUGGUAGAAGAAAGUAAAAGCAGGAAACAGAAAAACUCUGAAGUGAAUUUGGAAGCAGAAGGUGCCAACAGCCUUGAAGUGGACAACAGCAUGGACGGUGGAGAAGAGCCAGCUCCAAGCGAUGAUGAUGAUGAUGAAAGUUUCUCUUGGCUUGAGGAGAUGGGAGUCCAAGACAAGGUUAAGAAACCAGAUGCUAUUUCUAUUAAACUUCGUAAGGAUAAUCGUGAGGUGCAGAUGGAUCACAAACCCCAAUCCCUUGCACUGGUGAAAGGAACAAACACGUUCACCUUGCUGAACUUCCUGAUAAACUGUAAGAGCCUGGUGGCUGUGGCAGGCCCACAGGCAGGCCUUCCGCCGACUUUGCUGUCCCCUGUUGCUUUCCGAGGUGGAACAAUGCAAACGCUCAAAGCUCGAAGUAUAAACGCCAAAGCCAGGGUUCGCUUGGCAUAUGAGAACAUAUUCAGCCUGGAGAUUGUGGGCCCCGUCAUGCCUCAUUCCCUGCAUGCACUGACUAUGCUGCUCAAGGCUGCCCAGAGGGGAGCAUUCUCUGGUGUGUUUUAUACGCAUGAGCCAACUGCUGUGUUUAACACUGAUCUUGACGACACACACCCUGCCUUGAAUGAGGAAACAGUACACAAAGAUCUUCCUGCAUGUGGACUGCAUCCCAAGACUUUAGAUCAACUGAGUCAGCGUCCAACAUUGAGAAAAUCUUCCAUCCGAUUUCUGGAAAUGAAGGAUUAUGCUUAUACCUGGAAGUCCUAGGUCUGCUAGUCCCAUUUAAUGGGAGAGAAUGCUCUCAAGCGUGCAGUUGCUGUAUUUCGUUCACAUGCAUCUACACAGGCACCACCCAUGGGAUACCGAUAGGGAUACGAUCUAAUUGCACAACACAGAUAACUAUUGCAUAAAACGCUUCAAAGGACUUCUAAAGGAAAUUAAUGAAAAGGCCUUGGACAUCUGCUUUUGUAUUUUAGAAAGCCUUUUUUAAAUAAAACUGGAUAAAACAUGA